CCACACUCCAGCGUCCAACCCAAGCUACCAAGCUUCACUCCACUCUACCAUGAAGCUCGCCGCGCACCUCGUGUUUGCCGCCAUCGCCGCUGCAUCCGCGCACGCUGGCUACGGCGGUGGGGUGCCGUCAACUGCUGCUAGCAACGAUACCGACAGCGGCAGUGACAGCGGCUGCCCCUCAAUGUGCCCCGCUCUCCACGCUCCGGUCUGCGGCUCCGACGGAGUCACGUACUCGAAUGCUUGUCGCUUGAGCGUCGCGAACUGCAACAGCCAAAGUGGAGCCAUCACCCAAGUGCACGACGGAGCAUGCUCCACGAGCGGCUCGACCUCCGAGACGUCCUCGUACGAGACGUCGACGGACAACAGCGAGAGCGACUCCUGCUCCAAGGCGUGCACCAAGAUCUACAUGCCGGUAUGUGGCUCCGACGGCGUCACCUACGGCAACGACUGCAUGUUUGGUGUCGCUCAGUGCAAGAGCGGCGGCACCAUCACCAAGGUGUCCGAUGGACAGUGUCCGGAGUCGUCGACGUCUUCGACUGGAAGCACCGGAACCGACUGCCCCGACGAGUGCAUCGAGAUCUGGAAGCCCGUGUGCGGCUCCGACGGCGUCACGUACGCCAACUCGUGCUUCCUGGGCGUCGCCACCUGCAAGGACCCGAGCGUCACCCAAGCCAGCGACGGCGCCUGCACUUACACGUCGUCGGGCUGCCCGGAAGUCUGCACCGCCAUCUACUCGCCCGUGUGCGGCUCGGACGGCGUCACGUACGGCAACGAGUGCGAGUUGGGCGUUGCCAGCUGCAAGAACCCCAAGCAAAACAUCAAGAAGGUCGAGGCGUCUUCAGCAUCGUCCUCUACGUCGUGCCCAGACGCUUGCACUGCCAUCUACGCACCAGUUUGCGGCUCUGACGGUGUCACAUACUCCAGCGAGUGUAAGCUUGAUGUCGCUUGCUGCAAGAACCCGGAGCUUCACAUCACCAAGGCGCAUGAUGGGGCCUGCUCAGUUGAGUGCAAGACGCAGCUCUAA